GCUGGGUCCCAGUGUUCCUGCUGUACCCGAGGAGCCUUGGGUCCCUCGUAGCUGCCUCUUUCAUCAAGUUGAGAAGUAUUUCUUCGACUCUGCAGACAGUCACAAUGAGAAGUCAAGGAGGUGUCACCCUCCUCAGUCUCCUGCUGGUCUUGGCUUUGCUCUGCAGCACAGGUUUCAGCCUGAGGUGCCUCAAUUGUAGAAGGACCACCAAGAAAUGCAAUAAUGUCACCACUUGCACACCUAACCUUGAUUCAUGCUACAUUGUUUCAGCAGGGAACCAAUCCUAUCACGGAUGCUGGAGGGAAGCUUCCUGCACCCUGACAUUCUUCAUGGAGAGAUUAGAGGAGUCCCUGUUGCUCUACAGAUGUUGCCAGAGAGAUAACUGUAAUGGAAAACUCGAGGAAGAUGAUGGCACAAAGGGCAUAUCAGGCAUGACAGUGCUGCUGUUGGCCCCACUUGUGGCAGCAGUCUGGAAUCUUUGGUUCUGGGGAAGGAUUCACUAA